AUGUUGCUCACGAACACCGCAGCCAUUUGGUGGUCUCUUCGAACACCGCAGACAGCGUUUCGGAAAGCUCUGAUGGGAGAAGUCAAGAGUGGAACUCUGCCGACGGACAAGGCUUGGCUCGAUUUGUACCCCAAGGCCACUCCAGACAUGGCAUCUCUGUAUCUUUACGUGAGCAAGCCGGUCUGGGUAAAGUGGAGAGUGUGCAUUGGGGCUUGGGAAGGGGUUACGGAGCAUGAGUUCUCCAGGGAGGAGAAUGGGGCGAUCGCCGGUUGGGGGGAGGAGAAGGGGGCGAUCGCCGGUUGGGGUUGGGGAGAGGCGAUACCCGCCUCUUUGCUUGGUCUCGGCAUCACCAUCCACUUGCUGGGCGUGCGCCUCUUAGGGUCCACUUUGCGGUUGCUACCUCCUGGGUGUUGA